AUGUCUGCGUAUGUUGACGAUGCGCCUGCUGCUGAUGGGCGUAUCGUGGAGCUUGCGAAGCAGACCACUUCUCGGCUCGAGGUGCUCUGGGAUGAGGUUGGGUACACCUCCGAAGAGAAGCGUCGUCAGAUGCAGGGUCUUGUCGAUGGAUUUCAGACUCUGUGCGAGAACAAGGAAAAGCAAGAGGAGGGUGUGAAAAGCCAGUUCGUGACUUCUAUCGCCGACGCAAAGGAUCGAAUCAAGACUGCCAGAAAGAAACUCGGACAGGAGCAUACAGAGGACUCCUCCACAGACGACAUGAGCCUCACGGACCAGCUAGCCUAUUACGAGAUGGAAGCAGAUGCAAUCAAGAAGAUGUGCAAGGCACAGCAGGAGAAGUUCGAGAAGUUGUCCGAAGAGUUGGUGCACAUGAGCAUGGUGCUGGGAGAUGACUCUGAUGCCGACCUGGCUGAGUGGAGGGACCUCGAGUCUUCCCUAACCAACGAGAGGCUCCAGGCCUUCAAAGACAAGAAGACGGAGCUCAACAAGGCCACGGAGGACCGCAUGCAGACGGUAGCAUCACUGGUGAGCACGGUGCAGGACCUGAUGGAAGAGCUCAAGAUCCCUGCAGCGACAGCCCUGGACAACCGCAUCUUGGGCUCGCUGGCAAUCCCAUCCUCUACCGGAGUACCAGUUCUUCAAACAACCGAGCGAACGGCAUCAUCUGUGGGCAUCGACAGAGCCGCGCUGGACGAGUUGGCCGCCAAGCACGAAGAGCUCAUCACGCAGAGGAACACUCGUCGGGAGAAGCUGGAGAAAAUGGGUGAGGAGAUACUGGACCUUUGGCAGCAGCUGGACAUCGGCAAGGAUGAGCAGGAUGUGUUCGCUAAGAGCGUGGACGGGAUGGGGCUACAGACGCUGGAGGCUGGAGAAACGGAACUCAACCGCCUCCGGAAGCUUAAGCUCGAAAAGAUGGGAGAACUCGUGCUGGCGUCCAGGGCAAAGAUCCGAGAACUCUGGGAUGAGAUCGGAUACUCCGAAACCGAGCGACUUGCGUUCAAGCCAAUGCUGGUCACGGAGGAGGGUUUCACGGACGAGCUCCUGCAACAGCACACACAGGAAGCGGACAAGCUGGCCACGAAGUUCGAGACCAUGAAACACAUCCUGGAGAAAAUCGAAGAGCGCGAAACCCUUGUCGAGCAGCGGAUCGAGUACGAGACCAGCACGAAAGACCCGAGUCGCCUCAGGCCUAAGGGCAGCCAAGAAGAGCGCAGAGAGCAACGCCGAAGGCUCCAGGAGGAACUCGAGACGGAGAAGCGCAUCAAGAACCGUCUCCCAAUGCUCACGAUCAGCUUGUCUAAAACCAUUCCCCAGUGGGAGAACGCACAAGACUCGGUGUUCCUGUACAAGGGCGAAAGGUACCUGGAUACCCUGCAGCGGUCGGAAGAUGAGUACCUAGCUCUCAAGGACCAGAUCAAGGCUGCCAAGGCUGCCACCAAGAAGGAGGAGUUGAGGAAGCAUGCGAUGGCGAGCCCCGCGCCAAAGUCGUUGAAUUCGGUGGCGCUAGGAAGAGGGGAGACCCCUCGCAGCACCCGGAAGCAGCCGGGUUCGUCUCGCAAAGCGGGUCCAAGCUCGUCGAUAAAAGCACCACGAACUCCGGCGCAUGGCCAUGCCGGCAAGACCACGCAAGUCCCUGCAAGCAAGAAGAGCGCGCCCGUCGGUAUGACAACGCCCAACCCAAAGACGGCAGGACGAAACGCCCCAUCAUCCGCCCUGUCAGGCAAGUACAACAACCAACAAGUACUGUAG